CGCCCUUUUCCACUCUUUUAUAUUCCCUUUCUUUCUCUCCUUCUCUUUUCCAUCCUCCUCCUCCUCUUCUUCUUCUCUUCCUCCCUCUCUCUUCUCCAAUCUUUUUUCUCUCUGGCACCCUUCCUUCUCUUGCCGUCUACUUCUUCUUUACGCUAUAUCUCACCACCACCACCAAAACAAACAAGCCAUGACCACUGUGCCCAUCGACAAGACUCGACGCAAGCGCCUCAAGGUCGUAUCAGCAUGUGGCGAAUGCAGACGGAAAAAGACAAAGUGCAACGGCGAAAAGCCGUGCACAGGAUGCAUUCGCGCGAAAGUGGAAUGCAAAUACGUGACUUCUCAUAAAUCCCGAACGUUCGUCCGUCAGCCUCCAAUGAUGAUGUCGCCUUCGACGUCUGACAAAACCAAUAACAACCACCAGCAGACCACUACCGCCAACUGCAACGGCAACAGCAGCACCGACAACAGUCAUCCCCAGCAACACCACCUGCAAUCACCACACCAUCAACAUCAACAACAGCAGGCUGUUUCGGUUGAAGCCAUUGAAGAGCGUCUGGGGGUGAUCGAAGGCAUUCUGAGAGCCUUGUUAAAAGCGCAGCCAUCAACGUUGCAGUUGCCCGUUUUCGGAUCCUCCGGCACGUAUCACCCGCGACAUGCUCCCGCUUCCCAUAAUUGGCAGUCGACAUCGAGCUCCUCCUCUUCUCCUCCCAUCACACCCACCCCGCGACGGCCAACCUCGGCUUUUCAUUUGCCACCUCUGCGCCAGUCUUCCUCGACCACCUCCACGUCAUCUUCCUCGAGCUGUACCUCCAUUCGAAAUCUACUCAACGACGAUGACACGUUGCCUACGCCGCCUCUGACUGCCACCUUUCAAAAAAACCAUCAUCAUCAUCCUCAGUACCAUCAUCAAUACCAUCACAACCCGCCGCCUCCUCGUGUCUACUACGCCGAUGAGUUCCGAUAAAUAUUUCUUCACAUUUAGUAUUUUACAAACCUUAUAAUAUGCUGGUCAUAACACUUUUUUGUUUUAAAAAAUGAUUGUACUCCAUUUUUUUUGUCCUUUUCUAAUUUCCUAUACCCUCUAUUAUAUAUCACACUUUCUUUUUUAAUACAACAAACAAUUUUCUUUUUAGUUUCCUU